AUGCACACACAUACAUCACAUAAUACAAACACUAUACUUGUUAUAUUUAAGUUAUUUUACUGUUAUAUUAUUAUAACAAAAAAUAAGUUGUGUGUGUAUGUGCGUGUGUUCUGUGCUUACUGAAAUGUGUAUUUCAUGUAUUCAGUAAAAAGAAUUAAUAAAUAGAGACUACGUCUCUAUUUAUUUGCUCUAUAAAUGUAAGAAUGAGUUAUUUUGUAAAUAUUUAAAGACGAAUAUUGUGAAAAAAAGAUUCUAGGAGAUUCUAAGAGAAAUGAGCUUCUAUUAGUGCAAUCCAAAGCUAACUUUCACACAAAGAAAAUCAUGUUGUGUUUAGUUAGAUAGGAAGGAAAUAAUAUAUUAUGAGUUUUACCAAACAAUGAAAUUAUCAAUUCUAAUAUAUACCAUUUGCAAUUAGACCAAUUAAAAGUAGCGAUCGACAAAAAAUCUCCGGACUGGCGUAUCAUAAAAGCUCAUUGUUUUUUAGCAUGACAAUGCGAAACUAUGUGUCUUUGAUUAUUCGGAAAAAAUUGUUGGACUUCGUUUAGAAUGUUUCGCCAUAUUCUUUUGACAUUACAUCCUUGGACUAUCACCUGUUCCGUUCAAUUAAAAACAAUUUGAACGGUAAAGAAUUUUAACUUUUGGAGGUUGUCAAAAUUCACCUGGAUAAUUUCUUUAAUGAAAAAUCGACCAAAUUGAUGGAAUAACGAAGCUACUUAAAAUAUGGUUCGACAUUGCUAAAAAAUGUGCUGCAUACAUUACUGAUUAAAAAUUAAAGCAUCUUUAUAUCCAAUUUUUUACUUUUAAUUGCUGCAAAACAAUCCAAGCAAUCCAAACUUUCCAAUCAACUCUAUACAUUUAUAAGUUUUUACCAUGUUCGUGUGUUCAUAGUUUGUAGUAUAGUUUCUCAUGCAUUUUUUCUAUACAUUUAUUUAGAAUAUUGCUCGUUUACUGAUUUUCCGAUAUAAACGUAAAUGAAUUAAUAUUAUGCAAUAUUGCAUUUUUCUAUGGUUCUCAGGUAAGCUUGCUUGUCCUUUGAGGCAAUUCCGAUGUAACAAUGGAAGAUGCAUACCAAUUUCCUGGGUUUGCGACAAAUCGGACGACUGUACUGACAAUUCUGAUGAAAGUCCAGAGGAAUGUAAAAAUACUCAGGAAUGCAAAGAAUCGGAGUUCAAAUGCACCAACGGCAGAUGCAUACCCAAUAUAUGGCAUUGUGAUGGCGACCGAGAUUGUCCAGACGGCUUGGACGAGGAUCCUGCAGUUUGCAGAACGAUACCGUGCAGUGAAACGGAAUUCCAAUGCAGCCCAGGCGAGUGCAUUCCGAAGACCUGGCUAUGUGAUCGCCAGAUAGAUUGCACCAACGGUGUGGACGAGAAGAACUGCCACAGAACGAUACCGUGCAGUGAAACGGAAUUCCAAUGCAGCCCAGGCGAGUGCAUUCCGAAGACCUGGCUAUGUGAUCGCCAGAUAGAUUGCACCAACGGUGUGGACGAGAAGAACUGCCACAGAACCAAGACCUGCACGCCGGAACAAUUCACGUGUCAUUCGGGAAAUGGCGAGUGCGUGGCAUUAACAUGGAUGUGUGAUGACAACCCGGACUGUUCGGACGGUUCGGACGAGGCUGAGUGCAACGAUACUUGCCGGUCUGACGAGUUUACCUGUGCGAAUAAGCACUGCAUCCAACAGCUAUGGGUGUGCGACAAUGAUAAUGAUUGCGGGGACAAUAGUGACGAGAAAGCUUGCGGACCGAUAACUUGUCAUCCAAACACUGAUUUUGCGUGCUCCGAGAAUUAUUGCAUAACAUCGCGAUGGAGAUGUGAUGGCGACUACGAUUGUCCUGAUCGUUCCGAUGAAAUAGGAUGCAAGGAGCCAAAUGGUGAAAAAAUAAGCCAUUGUAACAAGGAAUUUGAUUGUAAUGAUGGCGUAACUUGCAUACAUCAGACUUGGGUAUGUGAUGGUGAGAAUGACUGUCCAAAUGGUGAGGACGAAUUCCUGCAGAGAUGUCAAAAUGUCACAUGUAGGCCUGAUCAAUUUCAAUGUGAAGAUCGUCGUUCUUGUAUAUCAGGUCAUUUGUAUUGUAAUGGUAAAACUGAUUGCGCUGACGGAAGCGACGAAAGGAAUUGCACGAGCAAAAUCGUAAGCUGUGAUCCACAGAUUCAGUUUGAAUGUAGUGAAGGCUCAUGUAUUCCGCUGGAACAAGUAUGUAACAAAAAUCGAGAUUGUAUAGGCUGGGAAGACGAGAGCAUCCAGUACUGUGGCGUAAACGAGUGUUCAAAAAAUAACGGCGGAUGCUCACAAAUUUGUGUCGAUUUACCUAUUGGUUAUCGAUGUGACUGUAACCCAGGAUACAGGCUUAUUGAUAAUCGUACAUGCGAUGAUAUUAAUGAGUGUUUGGAGCCCGGUAGCUGUUCUCAAUUUUGCCAGAAUGAAAAGGGCAGCUUUAAAUGUAGUUGUGCCACUGGUUAUCUUAAAGAUCCACGAAAUCUAACACGUUGUAAAGCCGCUGAAGGUCAUGCGAGCUUGUUGUUCGCUCGUCGACAUGACAUCAGAAAGGUAGCUUUGGAUCGUCAAGAAAUGACCGCCAUCGUUAAUAACACUAAAAUGGCAACAGCUUUAGACUUUGUCUUUCGCACUGGAAUGAUUUUUUGGAGUGAUAUUAGUGAAAAGAAAAUUUACAAAGCACCAAUAGACGAAGGAAACGAGCGCACGGUUGUUAUCGAGAAUGAUUUUACUACUUCCGAUGGAUUGGCAGUUGACUGGAUUUAUAGUCAUAUUUAUUGGACGGAUUCUGGGAAAGAUACAAUUCAAUUAGCUAAUUUUGAAGGGAAUAUGAGGAAAACUCUAAUACGAGAUCGUAUUCAAGAACCUAGAGCAAUAGCAUUGAAUCCUUUAGAAGGUUGGAUGUUCUGGACAGACUGGAGCGACGAAGCGCGGAUUGAACGAGCUGGCAUGGAUGGUUCUCACCGAUCGGUAAUUGUUGGCAAUGACGUUAAGUGGCCUAAUGGCUUAACUUUAGACCUGAUCGGCAAAAGAGUGUAUUGGGUAGAUGCAAAAUUGAACAUCAUAGGUUCCUGUAAUUACGAUGGUACCGGCAGGCGAACAGUUCUCUAUUCUCUCGAUAACUUAAGACAUCCCUUUAGUAUCACGACUUUUGAAGAUUAUGUAUACUGGACUGAUUGGGAUAAGGAAACGAUCUUCAAAGCCAAUAAAUUCACCGGGAAGGAAGUAGAAGCUGUAACAUCUAUCAAAACGCUUCAGCAUCCAAUGGUAGUUCAUGUAUAUCAUCCAUAUAGACAGCCUGAUGGAAUGAAUCAGUGCCAAGCCGUCAAUGGGCAUUGUAGCCAUCUAUGUUUGCCGGCACCUAAAAUCAACUCCAGAUCGCCACUGUUGUCAUGUGCUUGUCCUGACGGCUUACGUUUAUUGCCUGACGGAUUAAUGUGUGUGGAAAAUGUUACUACCACCGUAGCAUCGACAACGCAAGCAGCAACACAGCCGUUUAGGAGGCUUGAACCUCCGAAUAUUCCUACAACUGCCAAUCCACUAUCUUCAGCAGAUGGGAAGGGAAGUUUAGCAGCUGAAGCAGCAGAUCCUGGUUUAGUCGCCGGUAUUGUGAUAGGCGUAGUGUCCUUAGGAUUAUUAUUACUUGCACUUGUAGCUGUACUUUGCUACAGGCAUUAUCUUCAUCGUAAUGUCACUAGUAUGAACUUUGACAAUCCCGUCUAUAGAAAGACUACGGAGGAUCAGUUUAGUCUUGAAAAGAACAGAUUCCCGCUUCCCACAGCAACAGUUGGAGAAGAGGCCCAGGAACCAUUGACGAGUCCUGGAACAAACGACUAUGUUUAAGACUCAAUAUGUCAAUGCCGAAGGCUUAACAGGCUAUUAGGAAGUACUAUUAUCGACCAAGUGAUAAAACCAUGUAAAAAAACGAGGUAUUUGCGUCGAAAGAGCCUGUCCAAACGCAUCAUGCCUGCGUCGCGCUCGCCCGCAAGCCUGCCAAACAACUGUGAUUAUGUUAAUUUUUUGUAUCUAUUUCUUUACAAAUUUUAGCACUUUGUCAUUCAAAUAUAUGUAUAUUAUGCGUGCGCAACGUUUAGAUUUGCUUUGGGACAUAAAGGGAGAAAUGUUUAAAGAAACUGUUGCCAAAUAAACGAUCUUAAACUACAUGCGUCCAAGUAGUUUGAUAAGAAGUUAAGAUUUCUAUUUAAUUUUUUGCUUUUUAGUUAAGCAAAAUGUAAUUUUUAAUAUAGCACUUUUCGCAAGGCUCUAGUGCGAUUGUGCUUACAAAAAAAUAUGCGACGUAUGCAUGUAAUGCACAUGCGCUAUAUGUAUACAUGUACAUGCACUAUAUGUAUACAUGUACAUGCACUAUAUAUAUACAUAAGAAAUUUAACUUGUUUAAAUAUGUAUUAUCUCUAAGGAUUUGUAGUAGAUUUCUUGAGAUUAAUUUUUUUUAUAAAUUAUGUGUAAAUAAUACAAAAUCUCAAAAUUGUCAAAUAAAAUUAUUUAAUUAUGAAAUGAAUUAUCAUUAAGGUGAAAUAAAAAGAGGCUAUGAUCAAUAUUUUCUGUUCUGAGUCUUAUUGUAAUUUAUCAUUUCUCAUAGUAUAAAGAAAACAAAAUUUUUUGUCGAUAUAAUAUAAAUUUUGUAUAAUCAGAGUUUUAUUAUAUAUUACAAUUUUUUUGUAACGUUUAGAUUUACGAUUAUAUAUAUGUGUGUGUGUGUGUGUGUGUGUGUGUGUGCGUGCGUGCCUGCGUGCGUGCGCGCGCGCGCGCGCGCGUGUGUGUGUGUAUGUGUGUGUGUGUGUGUGAUACGACACAUUAAUUAUUCAAGGAAAAAUUUUAAAAUUGUAAAUAAAAAAAAUAUGCAUGUAGAGGAGAGAGAGAAAGAGAGAGAAAUUUCUCCUUUUAUGUCUAUAAUGCAUUCAAUGUUAUAAAUAUACAUAACAAGAUCAUAUUUCAACUUAUAAGCUGCCUAUACUUCGACAGACAGUUCAUAUCACAAAGAGAAUUGCUCUAUUUACAGACAUUAAGUUAUCGUUUGUAACUGCAUUGUAACAAAAUGAAAACUAUCAUUAUUAUAACAACAUAAGCUCAAUGACAUUAAGUGUAACAGUAUCCAUUAAAAAAAGCUGUUGUCAGGAAUUUCAAUCUAUUAAGAAAUCGGUGUAUUUGUAUAGAAUUAUUAUAUCGGGCUUAAGAGAUUUACUUAUUAUACAGAGUAUCCUGCAUAAGACUAAGAAGAAAAAUAUAAAUAGAACAGAUAAGAGCGAAAAAAUAUUGUAAAGGUUAUUUUUCGAACAACCACGUAAAAUUUUGAGUUAUUAAAUAUUAUAGAUGGGCUAUUCAGAGCGCGCGACGCGGCAGGCGGGACAUACGGCUCGCCGCUGCCGGCGAAGAAAAUGGACGAUUGCUUGCGGAUCUAUCAUGCAGUGUGAGAUCUAAGACGUAGUCAUCACCUCUGGGCCUAUGAGAUAGGCUCGUGAGCAAUCCAUUUUUUCGCUGGCCGCGGCGAACCGUAUGUCUCGCCUGUCGCGUCGCGCGCUCUGAUUAUCCUAUUUAUUUUAUUUAAUAACUCGAAAUUUUAUGUGGUUGUUCGAAAAAUGAUUUCGACCAUAUUUUUCACUUUUCUCUGUUCUAUUUAUAUAUUUUUUAUACGGGACACCCUGUAUACAUCCACAAGGUGUCUCAGCAUAAACGGCUAUCCGCUUUUAUUUUCUUAACCACAGAAGAUAUAGUAAAUAAGACUGUAAUUAGUAGCAUGCUUUGAUUUCUAUUAUAAACCUAUUCUUACGAUUUUAAAAACAAAUAAGAUAAGACUAGCAAAACUAAAUCGUAAAUUUAUAUAACAAGACUUUGCAGUGUAAAAUGUUGAACGAUAUCUCUGAGCGUUAUCUAGGAAGAGGAGAGUGUCGUGAGCGUGGAGCGUCAGGUAGCUCAGUAGUUUAGAGCAGUCGCCCGGCAAGCGAAAGACCCGGGUUCGAGUCCCGGCCUAGCAAGAUCGCGCUCUCGAUAUUUUUCUCUUUCUGGAACGAAAAAGAUACGCAGAUCUCGAACGCACGGCGUCCCGCCGCCACCUAGUAUGCCCUCCUCCUUCUAUGAUCCUUCAGUGUGUCUGUCAGAUAUCAUUAUGGUUAACAACAAUUACUCUCUGCACACAGUUUUAAAAUUUACAGUAAAUAUGAUCCAUUUCUUAGCGCGAUAAAUAUUUACAAAGGUUAAUUCCCUAAAAAGUCAAUGACUUUGAAAUAUGUUAUCAAGAUUAUAGAUCUGAAUAACAUUGAAAAAGUUUUAGCCGUCUCUCAUUAUUUAUAUUAAAAUAUUAUUAACAAAAAAGGAUAUAUAAAUGAGUAUUGGAAACUAAUAUUUAUUACAUAUUAGUUAUAAUAUUAUUUACAUAUUUUUAUCUUAUUAAUAUGAUUUACUAUGAACAUUAUACAUGUUCAAUAUUUUUUUAUACUAUAUCACGAAAAAGAUAUAUUUGUAAUAUGGCAAAAAAUUUAGAUGUUCUUCUUGUUUCGUAAUGUUGUAUAAUUAUGUACUAUUGUAUUAUUAUGUACUGGAGAUUUUAAGUGAGGAUGUAAUAUAUUGAUGUAUAUAAAAAUUAUGCAUCAGCAAAUUAUAUCUUCCAGCUUUUACAUUGUCAUAUUCUUCAAAUUUCUUUUCCUAAUAAUUAUUUAAUAAACAAUAAGCAACGGCUGAAACUUUUUGAUUGUUACUUAGGACCAUAACAUUGAAAAUAUGUCAAAAUUAUUGAUUUUUAAGAGGAUUAACAUUUUGUAAAUACGCUUUUGUAAAUUACGCUUAGCGACAUACUUCUACCGAAAAAAUGUACGCAUAAUUUCACAUUCUUUCUUCCUUUUUCCCUUCUCCCUUAUUUCUCUAUGUGUCAAUAAUAAUCACUAUAAUAAAAAUAGAAUGCACUUUGAGUUAUUACAUUAAAAUUUUAUUUGUUACAAUCUACUUUAAUUUAGAAAAUAAAAAGAGAUGGUUAUUGAUGCUGAGACAACUUCUGUGUAGAUGAAUGGAAAGGUCUAGCAAAGACAUGUAUCAGUAUCAGUUUUCAUAAAAUUGCAUUUUAAAAAUAAAUUGUUACCUAUUAAAGCUCUUGAAUAUUUCGUCAGCAGCGAGAAAACAUAUGUUCAAAUUUCUUACUUGCCAUUUUCAAAUAAAAAGAUAUUUGUAUGAAAGAACAUUUCUGAUCGCUUAAGCACUUGUAAAAUGCUACGAAAACUUUUCCCUUGAUCAAUAAAUAGCCAUAAAAUUAACAUGAUAUGUUAUCUUUCUCUUUAACCUAUGUUUCUUUUGUUACGUUCAUUUUAUAGUUAUUUAUUGACUAUUAAGAAUAGUUUUCGGAAUAUAUUACAAAUAUGCUCAAACGAUCUAAAAUGUUUUUUUUUAUACAAAUAUCUUUUUAUUUGGGCGCAUAAAUUUUUAGCGUGUUAUUUCUAACUUUUGAUGUCACAAUCCAAUACCGUGGUAAGCUAAGAGCCUAAAAAAUGUAACUUAUUAUUGUUGUCAAUCAAAUGACAGAUUAUUACGAUUUCGUUAUCUUUUUCAUUAAUUUUUAGGGUUUUUCAUGAAUAAUUAUAUUAUUUCUAUUAUCAUUUCUGUCAGUUGUGUUGUUUCUUUGUGUUAUUUCUAAUUAUUUAUUUUAACUAAAACAUUAAUUUAAAUUAAAUUUCUGUUAAAAACGAGUUGCAUAUAAUUAUGUCAAACAGAGUACUGUUACUGAUGCAUAUCUUGGAAUGUUCCAUAUAUGUAUAUUUAUCGUAUAUAAUAUAAAAUUAUUAUACUAAGAAUAAUUAAAUGUGAGAGACACAUACAAAAAUGUUACAUAAGAUGAUUAAGAAAUAAGUAUUAGGUUAACCAGUGCUGUGUAUGUUGACAGAUAGCUGAUUAUAUAAUUUCACUUGUAUAUAAUAUUUUUAUAGUUUUGUCAAAAUGUCACAAAAUUUGAUUACAAUAUUAAUGUUACAAUAAUUUUUGUAUAAAUCAUUUUAUCUGGUCUUAUGUCUAUGGGACCAAAUAAUUUUUGUACACUAAAAUGUAAAAAUAUAUCUGAAUUUAUUUUUAUUUUUCAUAAGAAUAACAUACAUGAUACAAAAUCGUAUAUGAAAUAUAAAAACAAAAAGAAAAGAUGAUAAAACCAAUAAAAUUAACAAUAUAGUUUCAUAUUGUUGUGUAAGAAGAGAUUAUAAUUAUGUUUAUAACUUUACAACAUUUAUUUUGUCAAUGAGAGUCUUUUCAUAUCAUACUGAAAAAUUUCUAUAAAUCUUCUUAUACUAAUGAUCGGUUAUCUGUUAACAGGAGCAUGGUACAAUUGUAAGUGCAAGAAAAGCGAAGUCCAAAAUUUAGAUAUAUAGAGGCUUGGUGGUAAUUUUAAUCAAAAAAUAAAAAGUGCGUGUGUGUGUGUGAUAUUGUGUAAUUAAUUAUGCAAAUCAUAAAGGCAUAAUUUGCCCUAGCCAAUCUAUCCGCCAAAAUUGUGUCAAACGUAUCUUUAUGCGACAUACAUACGUAUCUAUACAUGUAUGCACGCGUAUGUGUGUGUAUAUGUAUAUACAUAAAUAUAGAGUGUUCCUGACUAUCGUAAUAUAUUUCAAUAAUAAUUUUUUUUUCUAAAAAUCAAUAUGGGUAAAAAAUCUUCAUAUCUAUAUAUAAUCAUAUUUUUUUUACGUAAAUAAUCCGUUAAACUAUGUAAUAAGAAUUUUUACUUGCAUUAACCUGAACUCAAAUAUAUUACAAUAACGUCGGGAUAUUCCUUCUCUCUCCUCUCCUUUCUUAAGGGAAUUUCUUAAGGGAAUUUUUUUUCAAAGCGUGUAAUAAAUUUAUCUAGUUACCCCUCCCUCACUCAUUCUUUGUGUAUUUAUUGUGUACAUUGUAUCAUAUGUACAUAUACAUAUACACACAUAUGCACAGGAUGUGUCACUUUCAUAGAAAAUCUUUUAAGACCGACAGUAAACCUAUUAUGUAACUUUAUAAUGUAUGCAUUAUAACUGUAACGGUUGUGUUAUAGAAUACGCAUAUACAAGGUGUUCGGCGUGAUAAUUCGCACGAUUUUUGGGAUUUAACCCUCUAUAACAUGUGGUUUAUGAUUAUAUAUUCCAUAAAUACAUUUUUAUACAUUACGUUGACAAUGUUGUGGUCAGCAAACGUAAUGAUAAACAGACGUCAAGUUUGCAUUAUGCUGUUUAUUACUAGUAAAUAUUUUUAUAAUCUGUUUAACGUAAUUCGUAAUAUGUUUAUAUUCGUUGCAUAAAAUAACACUAAUGCUGGUUAUUGAACUACAUUAAAUAUUUUAACGCAACAUAAUAAUCUUUAUUAUAUCAUAGAAGCAUUUUUUCAAUACGUAUAGUUAUUUUAAUUAAUUUAAAAUUAAAUUCUAAUUAUUAGUAAUGCACUUUAUUUAAAUUUCUUAUUUUUUAUUGACAUAUAGUGAAGAUAAAUUUAUAUCACAAGAUUAUAUUUAAAAAAUUUCUGAAAAAAUGACUUUUACUAUGACAAUAAUGAAAACCGUAGAAAACCGUAGAAAACCGUAAAAUAAAGCAUGAAGUAACAAAAUGAACGUGAAUGCACUUAAAUAAUGUUACGGAAUACUUAAUCUUUUUAACAUGACAAAUCAACAGUUUAUAAAAAUCUGUAUACGUUAAAAAUGUAGUACAAUAUUUGGUGUAAUGUUAUUAAUCUCCUAUUAACGACCUGUUACCAUGACAUUGCAGCGUUUAAUUUAGUUGAAAUGGGGUUGCCAAUUAUAAUAAUGAAAGUUUCAUCUUGAUUCGUCAAUAGCAUACUUUUUUUAUCAUUUCUUAAAAUAAUUUGUUUCAAAUUUUUUUUCUGUUCUUUGCAUCAGGCUUCCGAAGAAAAAUAUCUGAAAAACAAGCGAUUCAUAAUGUAAAGCGUGAAAGUAGCAUACAAUGUAUAAUUUUUUAAAGUAGUUUGUUAUGGAAUAACGCAGGUUUCGUUAUCUGAAAAUGUAAUAUAUGUACAGGGUAUUUCAGACCCGCCUACUUCUUUUUUUUUAAGGAGUGAUAAGAUGUUUACCAUAAAAACCUAUCUGAAGUUUCUAAUGAUGGUAUUUUCACUUUUGGGAAACCUCCGAAAAUACCAGAAACCGAAGGCAACUUAAAAAUUUUAAAUAGCAACAUAGUAUGGAUAUCGUUGAAUAAAGCCUUUAAAAAGAAACAACUGCCGUUUAACAUUUCAAAUGCUUCUUUAUUUGAAAAAGACAUGAUUUUCACUAAAGGAAUAUUAGUCGAUAAACUACGCAAUAGACUUGUGUGCCAUAAGCUCUUCGAGAUUAGUCGUCCGUAUAUGGUUUGUAAUCCGUAUUAUGAGUCUGACUUAUUAUGUUGUGUGUUUAUUAUAUUUGGUUCGAACAGCAUAUUCAGGAAGCUUGUUAUUCUCAAAAUUUUACAGAAAUCCUGAAACGAUAACGUGAGACAAAGGAUGGAAAGAUAUCUUCAUCAAAGUGGCAAACAUUUUGAAUAUCUGUAAUUAUCUUUUCAUUUCCGUAGGAUAUUCAAUUUUUUUCAAACAAAAGUUAUUUCUUUUUAAAAGCUUUAUUCAACGAUAUCCAUACUAUCCUAUGUUGCUAUUAAAAAUUGUUAAGUUUCUUUCGAUUUCUAAUAUUUCUCGAGGUUUUCUAAAAAUAAAAAUACCACUAUCAGAAACUUCAAAUAAGCUUUUAUGGUAAACAUACGUAAACAUACGUUCCCAACUUCCUAGUAUUACUUUUUUUCAAAAUGAAAAAGUAGACGGGUGGUCUAAAAUACCCUGUAUAACAUGAACUAAUUGAUUUUCAAUUCUGGUCGUAGAACAUAUACAGGGUGGAUUUGACUUUUUUGGCCAGACUUUGAGAUUUUAUAGGAAAGUUAAUUCUGAACAAAAAGUUUCCUAUAAUCAUGGGUCAAAAAAUGUGUCCCAGACUCUUCUCUGCAAUUUUUGUAGAACGUAGUACGGAUUGAGAUGAACAUAAAAGUCCUAUGUUUUGCAAAUAUAUUGCAAUAUUUGCAAAUAUAUAUUUUGCAAUAUUUGCAAUAAUAAUAGAGAUAUUAAUUGUAAAAGAUUAAGGAAAAACACGCGCUGAAUGGAGAAGAUAAAUGAGAAGGGCGAAAUAUGAUAAUACAUUUGAACAGUAUUUACGAAAUUUUUAGUAUUUGCUGAUAUUUUAAUCGAUAUAGACAUACUAUGCUAUCUAUUCCAACUUGUUGGAAGUAUUUUCAAACAUUGGACAUGAAGAAAGCUUUAAGACGAAAUCCAAAGGACAAUGAUUAUAUUUCAGUUUGCAAGUACUUAUUAUACUUUUAUGAUGGCAUGUUUAUAUACAAUUCGCUACUUUAAAAAGUACAAGUAUAUUAAGUCAUGAAUAACUUAAACACACGUUUAAAGCACACGUAUACUAUCUUUUUAUCGCUCUUUUUCGUUUGCUUUUUCAGUUUUUAAUUGAAGCCUAUUAUAAAUGAUAGGCGAUUAAUUCUUUGUUCUCCUUUCAUAAUCGUAAAAAUUCGUAAAUUAAGUAUCUUAUUAGAGAAUUAUGUUGCAUAACGACUUCACGAUAGAUUACAAUGCGCCUUCUAUCGUAAUAUUUAAGGAUCAAUUUUAAUGUGAAAUAUCGUUGCUAUGCGAUUGACAACGAUAGACUUUCUUUUGUACUUAUACGAUAGAGAAUUUUGAGAAUUUUCUCCUAUCGUUAAUUCACCAUUGAUUACGACAAAUUUCCAGUGAUUUAUUCAUGAUAGACUCCAGCAAAAGAUGGACACGUUAAGUCUCUACAGGAAUUCUAUCAUAUCCCAAAUUGAAUACCCUAGCAGUGAUACAUUACGAUAAAAAUGAUUAGAUUCUCUGUAAAUUCUAUCUGUUUCUAUCGCUUUCUCUUUUUCGAUCUUUUUUAUUACAGAAACUCUUUAUUUCAAUUUUAAGUCUUUUAUCUUGUGCGAUCUUAUAUAAAUGUAAUUGCGAAUGUGCAGCGGCCAUCGACACGAGCCUUGGUGACGGUGCAACGAGACGUAGAAGCGCCGCGAUGUAAGCAUAAACAGUGACGCGUUGUUCUUUCCCUCGUCAUGCGCCGGUAUCCGCGCGUUACAUUAUUGGACCGUGCAAGUAUAGGACUUUUAUGUUCAUUUUAAUCCGUUCUAUGUUCUCUUCAAAAAUUGCGGAGAAGAAUCUAGGAUACCCUCUAUAUACAGGGUGUCUCAGAACAAUUUCCGAAGCUCGUAGAGACAUAAUACAUAUUGAGAUGAACAUAAAAGUCCUAUACCGUUUAAUAAUUAUCAAGAUAUAAAGAAGAUUUGUGAAUGAUCACAUGAGAUAUGAUAGAUGAGUUAUAGUGACAACGUCUAGCAUCGUGUACUUGUGCAUUAGGUCUGAACAAAACUAAACAAAAUAGUUCUCUAUUUUACCUCUACCUAAUAACUUUUAAUAGAUUUUUAGUUGUUAAUUAGAAAACAUAAAUAUAUUUUCGCAAGGGACCAUUCGUCAAUUUUCUUUAGUUAAUAAUUAAAAUUUACAAAAUUAUUAGGAAAUUGGUAAAGAAUUUUUUUUCUUUAGUUUAACUUAAUAUAGAAGCACAACGUAGCUUGAACGUAGUCCGAAUUGUAACACGGCAUAUAACUAUUCCAUCACUUUUUGUAUUAUAACUCCAGUAAUAAAACUUUAUUCGAUAGCA